AUGGGUAUAGUGCCUGGCGAUUUAGAUAUGUUAAAGCUGAUGUACCCCAACUUUGCUGCUGCUGCAGCAGGAGACCCUCCGCAGCGAGGGGCCCCCGUUGCUGCUUUUGAUGCAUUUUGCUUCGACAGAAAGACGCUGCUGCUGCCUCCCCCCUACAGCUGCUGCUGCAGCAGCAGCAGCAGCAGCAGCAGCUGCUGCUGCUGCUGCUGGGAUCGGAUCCCCGUGCGAAAACUCUCCAACACCUACCGCGAGACCCACGACUUCCAGGAGAGGGGGGGGCCCCCCGAAGAGGGUACAGCGGGUUUGGGGGCCCCCCAAAAGAAGUAUAGAGACCCCACCGCUCUCUUCUACACAGUCCCUUCGGCUGACCAGCCAUACCCCUCGGGGGCCCCAGGGGGCCCCCCAGGGGCCCCCUGGGGGCCCCCUGGGGCCUCUAGGGGGCCCGCUGGGGCCCCCUGGGGGACCCCUGGGGCCUCCUGGGGGCCCCCUGGGGGCCCCUCGGGGCCCCCGACAGAAAUGCCAAAUGGGCGGCCUCCUGCACCAGUGCCCCCUUACCUUGUGGACUCCAGUGAGGGUUGGGGGCCCCCACCCACUAGCACUUUAGGGGCCCCCACGGGGGCCCCCACAGGGGCCCUCAAGGGGGCCCCCACGGGGGCCCCCAUGGGGGCCCCCGUGAAGGCCCCCCAGCGCGUGCGCUUCGCCGAGAGCAGCAGCAGCGCCGGGACCUACGGGGAGAACUCUUGGGGGGCCCCCAGUGGGGGCCCCACCGUGGGGGCCCCCUCUGCAGCGCCUUGGGGGGCCCCCUGGGGGCCCCCCCCUGCGGGGGGGCCCCCCCUAAGACCCUCUUUGAAGCCCCGCCGCAUAACAGCCCCAUUUGUGUGCCGCGCCCACAAUGGCCGGCAUUUGCAUUUGAUAGAUUUGGAUGCCUUUGAGGACUCUAGCCUGUGUGUGGGCCGGGGGGCCCCCCUGGGGGGCCCCCAGGGGGCCCCCCUGGGGGCCCCCCUGGGGGGCCCCCCGGGGGCCCCCAGAGGCCGCGGGUACCUAAGAGGGGUCCACUUGCCGGGCUGCAGCAGCACCCCUUUGCGCCUGCGGCGCUGCGGGUGGAACGAAGCAGAAAUUGUGGCGGAGGCUGCAGCCCCCUAG